AUGCCAUCCACAGAGGACGACAGCUCUGCUGGAUGGACUCUGAGGAGAAACACAAGCAAACAGCAGAGGACUCAGUGUGGAGAUGGGUGGGGAAAACCAGCUGGAUCUUCCUGUAACAUCAGAUAUACUUACCCAUCUGACAGUGGAGUUUACUGGUGUGAGUCCAGAGAAGGCACCGUCAGUAACAUGGUUAACCUGACAGUCACUGGUGGAUCAGUGAUCCUGCAGAGUCCUGUCCUCCCUGUGAUGGAGGGAGAUGAUGUCACUCUGCUAUGUAAAACAAAGACCACUCCCUCCAACCUCCCAGCUGCUUUCUAUAAAGAUGGCUCCCUCAUCAGGAAGCAGCCUACAGGUCACAUGACCAUCCAGCAUGUUUCCAGGUCUGAUGAAGGCCUCUACAAGUGUGACAUCAGCGGUCAUGGAGAGUCUCCAUCCCACCACAGCUCCACCCACCAUCACACCCUCAACCACUGCCACCAAAUCUCCAUUAAUAACUGCUCCACGCACGGCAACCACACCUCCACCUACAUCCACCACUACCACAGCUACCACACGUCCACCCACCUCUACACCUACACCCACCACCACCAGACCUCCACCCACCCCUACAUCUACACCCACCACCACAACUAA